UUUUCCGUAAAUUCGAUUUAUAGACAGCUACUUUCUUGCUACAACAACCAAGGCUUGCUCUAGACACUUCAGAUUGUCCAAUCUCCAUAACAUACAGCAGUAAUCAUGGCUAUGUUCUUUACAGACAAUAAGUUUCGACAACAGCGCGUUACAGAUCUUGUUAACCAAUCUGUGAUGAUUCAAGAUGAAAUGAAAAGAGUGGAUGCAAAAUGGAAGGAGAACGACAUACGCGCAUACCACUACCUCGAAAAAGUUUCUAAAGCAGCUGGUUAUCCUACGCCCCAGGACUACAUAACCGCGGCUAUGGAUAGGCUACCCGAGAAGGAAAAGUCAGAAUGGUAUAGAAAGAGAGAUGAGGCAGUUAAGCUCAGUGAGGAUAUGAAGAUUGCUUUUGAUGUUGCCGGUGGUGUCUUCGCUCUGGCCGUUUUGGGGCGAUUAGGAACUACCGAGCGAGGACUUGCUCUGCUCGGAUCCCUGGUCAGAUACUCUGGUCUCCGAGUCCUAGCGAACGUGGUCGCUCGGGGUGCCACAGAACUUGGACCUCUUGCUGCGAAUGCCAUCAAAUUAAUUACUGAAUGCUUCAAAAGUAGUGCUGCUGAAGUGUCGGCUGCACGUGAUGCUGGUCUGGUUGGGGACGUAGCUCAGGAAGCAAAAUUGUUCACUGAGGCUGCAGAAUCAGGCAUAGCAAUUGAGAAGGGUGUUGGUGGCGCCGCCGAGGUCGCCGCUGAAGGAUCCGAAGCAGCGGCCGAAGGUGCACAGGUUGUAGGACGAGGAAUGCGCUACUUCAAGAUCGCGGGCAAUACAUUGAGCGUAGCCGCCGCUUUAGUGACUGUUGGUGUUCUAAUUUUCGACGCAGUUGAAGGCGCCAAACAGAAAGCUGAGCUAGAGAAGAAAACACUUGAGUAUCUUGCAAAGAGAUUUUCAAUCAAACAGGGCGCUAUGAGACUUGACCAAGCUUUUACUAACUUUCUAGACAUGACAAAGCUCAUUGUAAAGGAGGAUGCUUAUAAUGACCUGGUGGCUGACGGAACUAUUACCGAAGAGAAAAAAGAAGAAAAAAUGAAAGCGUUAGUUCAAGUUAUGGUCUCCAGCUACAAAGAGUCUUUUACCAUUAUCGAAGAUCAGACAAUCCUUGAUCAGCUCAAGAGUAUUGAUACCACAAUGAAUUCUUGGACCGAUGAAGACAAAGGUCUUGAAGAAAUCAAACAAUGGCUUCGGAAACAUCCAGCAGAUCAAUCAGAGAAGCAGUAAGACUAUAGUAAAGAACUAUAAUCCAUUAUAAUAUGUGAUAAUGUAAAGGAAACUUAUAUAGGAUAUAAUAAGACUAGAAUGAAUCUAUAGAGUAAAGAAGUUUACUUGUGUAA